AAUCCGCAAAUCGCCGCGAAAUUCCUCCGCUUCCGAAAACGGAACAGACCGCCGCGCAGAAGGGACAAACCACCCCACCGACCCUUUCCUCUCCGGGGAGGUGGCGCUGCGGCGCACGGCGGGAAAGGCGAGCGAACCCCUCUCAAAAACAGCAAGAAAGCAUUCGUCUUGAAAGCAGCCGAGCGAGGAGCCGAAGUCCAAGGCUAGCUAUCCCUCCCCCGCGUAUACGUACGGGAGCAUAGACCGAUCGCGAUGGCACGACGGAAGCCGCCGUCGCAGAGCGGAGCCGGGAGCGCCGAGGGCCAGACGGCGCCGCUGAAGCGGGGGCCGUGGACGGCGGAGGAGGACGAGCUGCUGUCGCGGUUCGUGGAGCGGGAGGGGGAAGGGCGGUGGCGCACGCUGCCGCGGCGCGCGGGGCUCCUGCGGUGCGGCAAGAGCUGCCGCCUCCGGUGGAUGAACUACCUCAGGCCGGACAUCAAGCGCGGCCCCAUCGCCGACGACGAGGAGGACCUCAUCCUCCGCCUCCACCGCGUCCUCGGCAACCGGUGGUCGCUGAUCGCCGGGAGGCUGCCGGGGCGCACGGACAACGAGAUCAAGAACUACUGGAACUCGCACCUUAGCAAGAAGCUCAUCGCCCAGGGCCUCGACCCGCGGACGCACAUGCCGCUGCCGCCUGCUGCUGCUUCUGGCAAGACGGCAGCGGCUGGUCGCUCCCACGCAAUCGCGGCAGCUCCAGCUCCUGCUGCUGCCGACAAGACGGUGGCGGCGCUCGAACCGCCGCAGACACCGCCUCCGUCAGCAACGAAACCAACCUCGACGGCCGAUGGAACCGGAUGCGACCGCCGUGACAGCCCAGCCGACGGAGGCGACGACGACUUCGCAUUCGCAGCAACGAUGAGCCUCAACGCCCAGGGCUUCGACGGAUUCGAUGACCAGUUCAUUGCGGAGUACGGUGGUGCAGUUCGUGGAGGCGGCUUCGACGGCGUCAUGGCGUGUCCGAUGGUGGACGACGACACGUUCACCUCGUUCCUCGAUUCUUUGAUCAGCGACAAGCAGUUCAACGGCUACCUCGCCGAGGGCGACGCCGCUGAUCACAAGGAUGCGAAGAACGAUCAGGGUGGCGCGCACUAGCUGACGAUCUCAGAGUGUCGCACAGUAUUCAUGGUAUAUGCACUGUUAAGUGGUAAAUAACCACCAAUCAGCUGACUAGUGAAUAAGUUGAUCAUGAGCAGCUUGAUACUAGUAUACUGACUGGUCUGUGGUGAUGUUUAUGCGAUGAAAAUUACGAGCAUGUGUAUGCAUUUCAAUUGCAAAGCCACUAGUGAUGUGAUGAAAGAUGCUGAAUUAAUGUGUUCACCUGCUAGUGCUACUCGCUC